AUGAACUUUGUGUAUAAAAGUUUAAUGUUUAUCGCGUGGACUGAUAAUGACGUCUAUAGUCUUGGAUCAACUCGAACUUGUGCUGGCGGUCAAGGGAAAAAAGUCAAUAAUUCAUUUAGACCCCCAAAACCAUUCGUAGAUUCACAUGAUAGUGAUGGAAGUGCACGCUUCAUUUUCGUUGAUUUUGGACUUUCCAAUCCAUGGAUCGUGAUUUCAUAUAAUGCAUUUUUAUUUUCGUGA